CACAUCGUUCUCAAGUGUGGGUCUGAAUCAUGACUUGAGCAGGAUAAGUAAUAUGUGAAUAUUACUAUUAUCUCUCGCAUGAACUAUAAUAACUAUAUAACAACACAAAUAAUUGUAAUCUUAUUUAACACCUAUUUAUUAUCUUAGCGUGAACAUUGUUAUCAUAAUUCUUGAUCCACUAUAAAUAUUAUUGUCCCCCUUUCAAGGUAAUAUGCAUGCAAAAUAGCAAUCAAUCAAACUGAAGUAUCCUAGUACAGUAGCGGUGUAGGAAUGCACAGCUGUUGGCUGAGUGCAUAGCCAUAUUAGAGCACAGCAGCUGGAACUGAGCCGUACAGCAGCUGGAACUGAGCUGCACAGCAGCUGUACAGGAUGCGUGGCAUGGUGCUGCUGUACGCUGUGGCUGCGCUGUUGCGGCUGUGGCUCAUGAACAGUGCCACGCUCGCCACAGCCAUCAGUAGCCGUGUGGAGGUGUCCACGCCACUCAACAGCUGGCUGAGAGUGAAGGAGGGAGUGUACCUGCAGAGUCAGGGCGUGGCCGUGUACAGCGGCGGCGUCUUCCACGAGUCCCCCAUAACUCUCUUCCUUGGGGGCAUCUUCAUCAGGUCGUGGGGCUGGUGGGUGCAGGUCGUCUUCAUAACUUGUGAUCUGCUCACGGCCUUCCUGCUAAGUCGGGCUGCUAUGGCCUACGCUAAUAAGUUGUUGGGGGAGCAGCACACUGAGGCCCCGCGCUACGCCCCAGACUCGCGUCCGCUGCUGCUGAGCGCCGCGUCGCUCGCCGGCGCCACCAAGGACGUGGCGGCGGCCUACCUCCUCUGCCCCUACACGGUGCUGUCCUGCACUGCCCUCACCACCACAACCUUGCACAACCUUGUACUGGCCAGCCUACUGCUCGCUAUGCUUAAAGGCCGGGCCGUGCUGUUCGGUGCCCUGGUAGCACUUGCUACCUACCAAGCUGUGUACCCCGUGGUGCUGCUGGUGCCUGGUCUCAUAGCGCUCUACCAGUACCAUGCCGACCCCUACCAUCACAACUGCGCCUCUGCUCCUCCACUACCUGACUCCAGCAAGGAGGUGAGGUCGGGGGCACUGCGCCCCGCGUUACAGGACCAUUGCGUCAGGAUCCUGUGCAGGAGCCUUGUGUCCUUCGUCGUCACCGCCGCCCUCCUGCUGCUCGUGUCUGCUGAGAUCGCAGGAGGCUGGGACUUCCUUGAGGCCACCUACGGCUUUAUAUUAUCAGCCCCAGACCUGACCCCGAACAUCGGGCUUUUCUGGUACUUCUUCACCGAGAUGUUCGAACACUUCCGCCUCUUCUUCCUGGCCGUGUUCCAGCUCAACGCUGUGAUAUUCCAAAGUAUCUACCCAUGUCACGCACCCACCCAUGUCACGCACCCACCCAUGUCACGCACCUACCCAUGUCACGCACCCUUCCAUGUCACGCACCCACCCAUGUCACGCACCUACCCAUUUCUUAGACAAAGCUUCCUGGUGGGGUGCAUGCUGGUGGCCUCAUCGGUGCUGGGGCCCAUCAUGUACAACCAGUGGAUCUUCAGUGGCGCUGCCAACGCUAAUUUUUACUUCGCAGUCACCCUCGCCUUCAAUACUGCACAGAUUUUCCUGGUGACAGACCUGCUUUUUGGGCACGUCAAGCGUCAGCAUCUCCUCUACAAUGGCUCUUCAAUGACGAUCGAGGGCAAACCCGCUAGAUUGACCCUAGAGUAAACACUUCCGUUAAUGACGCUAACUUUGCCACAGCACUUAUGUCGCCGGCCUUCGAAAGAAGCUAUCUGUUUUGUUAACAAAAUUGAGACUUAACUUUUCAGCGCAUUCGUAAAAGCUUCUUAUUUAAUAGGUGAAGAUUAAACCCUACAAAUGAUGAUGGCGACAAGCAUUAUACGGUUGUUAUUGACGGGCGGCGAGUUUGGUGUAGUAGCUGCUUUGUGGCGACUUGUGUGUCAUUGACGCUAGUGCUCCUACAUCAUUGAGUGGUAAUGCUUGGAUUAUAGAAAUCUUUACUCAAUUAAUCAUUUUCACAGAGUGUGAACGCUGUUCGCUCGAGUCACGUUGUAUUAUCGGUAGCUUGCUUUUUAUUAUUGCGCACCGGAGCUCCUCGUGAAUUCCACUGUUCAUCUAAACCAGUGAAGAUUUUAUCGUCGAAUUUUCUAUCUUUUGAGUUCUUUUAUACACAGCCUAUUGCUGGUGCCUUUGCAGAACAGGAAUGGUCACAAAUAUAAAGACUGGAUAAGAUUGGAAAACAACACACCUCUAUUUCUCUCACGAGUGCGAAAAUCACAAUAUUUGAGCCUAAUAUAGAGUUUUGAAUGGAGAAUAGUUUCCCAUUUUUUAAGAAUCCUUUCAUUGUAUGCAGAUCGAACCGUCGUUGAUCUCAAGACUGGCUAUUUUUAAAUUAAACUAUACUUUUUCUUUUAGUUGCAGCUGUAAGUGUAAUGUAAUUCAAACUUGGUUUAGAAAUACUUUGUUUUUAGAUUACAAAUUUCUUUGAUUGUUAAAUACUAAAGUGAUCACUAAAGCUGAUGCUCAAUUUUUGUGUUCGGUGCAGCUCUUAACACUUGUUCAAGUUGAAGCUGGAUGCGGAGCUGAGCUGUUUGCUGUAACGAUCUUACUGUAUUUUUAGUCAUUUUGUUGUACAAAAAUUAAUGAAUUUGUAUAAGCACUAUGUGUGAAUUUGAAUUGCGUGUAAAUUUUUAAUGCAAUAAUGUUUUUUGCGACAUUCAUUGGUGUCCAGGGUUGUUCCAGAUCAAUUUUAAAUUUGAUUAAAGUUUCAAGCUAUCUUGAUGAUGAUGAAACUAAGCGUUUCAAGUCUGUUUGAGUUACUAUUUUAACUUGUGUAGUCAUUUCAAUGCUGGUUGUGAUACCUUCAUUUUUUUCAUCUUAAUUCAAUGGUUCAAAUUAUUUGCGACUUUCCCCUCGCGUGCCGUCACCUGUACCGUAGCUAUACCAGUAAGCGUUAGUGUGUUAGGGAUGAUGUAUCAACUGUCACUAUCUUAUUAUUAUAUUAAUACAACAUUCCAUGCUCAAGCUCGCCAUAUGUUUUGGGCAUCAAAUAAACUAAUCAUACCGAG